UUCCUUCCCCCCCCCGUCUCACUUCGUCGCUUUCUAUUUACCUCUAGUCGCCAUUUAUAUUAUCGCUCUAAACGUGACCAUCGCGACAGAAAGCUCUUUCCUCCUCCGUAGAUUUACACCAAAAUACCAGAUGACACUGGAAUGAGAGGAAUUUUUAUCUGGGAUUUAUCAUCGUCAUUUACCAUCAUUUAGGAAGACGUUAUGUGGAGCCGAUACAAACCUGUGCUUAUAAAUCUACGAUAGAGUUACUGUAACAUAUUUCAUCUGUCUGGGAUUAUUAGCAACGUUUCUCUACUUCGAUGUUUGGAAUAUGUAUGGGAUGCUUUUGCAGUUUGAUUAACGAACUUAGCUGCGUCAGGGAUUAUUGACUAAGGUUGCAGCUACUGGAGAUGUGAGAGGAGAAUUUUUUGUGAAGAAUAAGGUGUAAAAACUAACAACAAAAACAUCUGUGUAUCGUGGUGAGAGAAAAGCAAUUAUGGAAAACGAAUUGUGUAUGGAGAAUGUUAAAUGCGAAACAGAGCCUGUAGGGAAUGAUAUUCCUGAGGAAGUCCCAAAAACUAUGGGGAAACCAUCAUAUUAUUGUGAGUUUUGUGAAAAGCGCUUUACUCACAAAGGCAACUACGCUGCCCACCGGCGUGUUCAUACGGGAGAGAAGCCAUAUCACUGUGAUAUCUGUGGGAAAUCGUUCUGUAAAGGAAGUCACUUAACCAGGCAUAGACAUGUUCAUACAGGCGAGAAACCAUAUCAGUGUGAUAUCUGUGGUAAAUCAUUCUCUGUGGGGCCUAACUUAACUAGGCACAAACGCAUCCAUACAGGGGAGAAACCAUAUCACUGCCCUAUCUGCGGCGCCACAUUCUCCGAAGGAGGGAACUUGAUUAGACACAAGCGUAUCCAUACAGGUGAGAAGCCAUACGUCUGUGAUAUCUGUGGUAAAUCAUUCUCGAUAAAAGGCGAUUUAACUCGACAUAGACGCGUUCAUACAGGAGAGAAGCCAUAUUACUGUGGUGUCUGCGGUAAAUCAUUUUCAACGAAUGGUGAUUUAACGAGGCACAAUCGUAUUCAUACAGGUGAGAGACCGUUUCACUGCGUAAUCUGUGGUAAAUCAUUCUCUCGAAAUGAAGAGCUGACUAUUCACAAACGAAUCCAUACAGGUGAGAAACCAUAUCACUGUGAUAUCUGUGGUAAAUCAUUCUCUGAGGGAAGCCACUUAAAGACGCAUAAACACACCCAUACAGGUGAGAAACCGUACGAGUGUGCCACCUGUGGUAAAUCAUUCUCUCAGAAUUAUCGCUUGACUAAGCACAAACUCAUUCAUACUGCAAACAAACCAGACGGCUGUGAUAAGGGUGGUGAAUCUUUCUCUGCGAAAAGUCAGGUAACUACAUCCGAUUAUGUCAACCAAGGUGAGAAACCAUAUUUCUGCGACGUCUGCGGAAAAUCAUUUUCCGCAACAUUUUAUCUAACUAGGCACAUACGAAUUCAUACAGGUGAGAAGCCCUACCACUGUGACAUCUGUGGCAAAGCAUUUUCUGUGAUAAGUAAUUUAACGGGACAUAAACGUAUUCAUACAGGUGAGAAGCCCUAUUGCUGUGAUGUCUGUGGUAAAUCAUUCUCUAUAAUUAGUAAUUUGACUGGGCACAAACGUAUUCAUACAGGUGAGAAGCCGUAUCACUGCGAUGUGUGUGGUAAAUCAUUCUCCGUAGUCAGUAACCUGACUAUUCACAAACGUAUUCAUACAGGUGAGAAACGGCAUCACUGUGAAGUCUGUGAUAAAUCAUUUUCUCAAAGAAUUGUAUCCAGUUCAAACCAGACAGAACUGGCCUCUCACACCUAUGCUACAAUGUCAACCUAA